AUAAGCAAGAUGGCUGGUCAUACAGCAGGCGAACCGCUGGAAUGUUAUAGUAUUCCCAUAGUGCUAGAGAAAGAACCAGACAUAGAUAUACAAGGUAAUCCAGUAUAUGAACCAGAUGGAAAACAGCGCUACAGGUGUGGUUUCCGCAUUGGAGGAGGUAUUGAUCAAGACCCUUCCCAGAGCCCCCAGGGAUAUCCAGACAAGGGUAUCUAUGUGACCUAUCAUGAAGGGAGCCCAGCAGCAAGGUGUGGGCUUCAGCUCCAUGACAAAAUCUUACAGCUGAAUGGCAAGGAUUUCACAGUUGUGACUCACAAGCAAGCAGUAGAGAAUAUCCGCAAGAAGCCAGUGUUAAAAAUGCUAGUGUACCGCAAGGGAAUGCCACAGCUGCAGAAGGGGCCUGGCCACCUACAGACACAGUUCCAGGCAUAUGCCCCACAGCACUACCAGCAGCCCCAGUAUCAGCAGCAGUACUGAUGGGUCAUUAGCUGAUCAAUAGCAGGUAGAGGAAUGUACUGCCACAUGGGAAUGCAAUUCACUUAAAUUGGCCAUUGACUGUUGAGGAUGAAAACUGCAUAAGAUUACAAUCUGUCCUUUCGCCUAGGUCUUUAGUUGGUGUGAUUUGAGUGAGGUUUCUGAAGCAUUUUACCAUCAGAUUUCAUGGAAAGGGAGUCAUGAAAAGAAGACUCAAGUCUUAUUACUGUUUACUUUAGGAUAGUUAUAUAGGAUUGCAUAUAAACAUCUGUUAAGAGACCAGUAUAGUAAGAAUACAGUAGAAACUGAUGCUGAUUAAAAGUGGGGCCUGUACAGGGAAGUUUCUGCAUUGAAGCAGUCUUACCUCGUAUUUUUUGUACAUCAGGCAUCAUAGGAGCUUAGGGUUUACUCCCAGAAACGAUUCUGGACAUUAACUUGCAUAGAUAUAUGUUGAGUGCAUUUUUCAGCAGAUGCUCACUUAGACACAUAAAUACAAAUGAGAGAAAAAUAUGCUUGAUGAAAUAGAGGCAGUGUGAUUUAUCAUUUCCUAUAAGGGGCAUUUCUUGCGUUUGGCUAUUUUUGUGCUUUUUACCCCCUCAGAAUUUAACUUCUUUUUUCUGUUUCAUUUUUUCCUUCCUUUUAGUUUGUGAAGAUGAAAAUAUGAGGAGAGGCCAAGUUAGCCAUUCUGUUUUUUACUUGUUUCAUUUUGCCCCUAUUUUUUCACUUGGGAUGACCUCAUUUCUUAACCUACCGAUAGUUCUUGCUUGGAGCAUUCCACACACUUCUGCGUAAAUUGAUUUUAUCUAUGUAACGCAGUUUUUACAUAAAAUGUUACAUACAUUUGCUUCUAUCUAUCCACUUCACUUACACUAUACAUUAAAGACAUUUUUAAACACCUUUGAUCAAGUCAUAAAAUGUGGUAAAAUGCAGACAUUUAUACUGCUGUAAUCAACAGAUUUGUUAAAUGAAAUUAUCUGCUUUGCACACAGAAUUUUUAUAAUAUUUCGAAUGCAUAUUUCUUUCAGAAUUUUUGCAUAUAGUCAAAUUUUCAUAAUCCAAAUUUAUGCGAAGGGAGAACUGUCUUACAUUGACCUGUUGGCUGUUCAAAAUUCUUUUGAGUUCGCUACUAUCAGUAUCAGGAUACUGUGUAGCUGUACUGACAAAACUUCAGUUUGCACAGAAUACAGACAAGCACACUGGCUCUUACAAACAAGACAUCCAAGCUUUUCAAAACCCCUCUCCUGUGCAUGUUUUUAUGGUGUAUUUUCAUGGUUCUUGAGUACACAAUUUCUCAAAUUUGGUACCAGGGAAAAAUUUUCCUCUGAAUGUAGUUUGAUGGAACUUUUAUCAUAGAUGCCCUUGUAAAAGUGAUAAAAAAAAUGAUGAGUAAAAGUUAUUUACAAUAUCAUCAAAUUCUUUUAAAAAGUAUUAGUCAUUUAAGCUCUGUGUAUGUAAACUGUAGCUAUUACAUAAAAAGAGAAAAAUUGUGGUGAGAAUUUAACAUUGGUACCUAAGUCUUUCAGAUAUCAUCUGUGUGUUUUUCAAAUAGAUAUAUUACUUGUAAUGAACCCCAUUGUAGACCUCUCCUUGUUCUGUACCACCCAUCUUCAGCUUGGUGUCAGGACAAAGUAUCUUAAUCUUAGCAGUCAUUUAUUAGCCUACUACUGGUCUCACAUUCCAGGCUUUUGCAUCUUCACAGAGCAGUAGGUGUACGGAUGGAAAAAAAUCAAACUUUCCUCAUCACCCUUUGUGAAGCAAUGCUGCUUGAUUUUCAGCGACUGGUGCUUUGACAUAGGUACCAGUUCUGUCGGUCUUUCCUCGCCAAAAGUAACUACAAGCUUCAGUGUGUUAUGUGCCUUUUAUCAUUCUGAAAUGCUGAAGUGAGAGGUUUUGAGUGAUUUUUUUUUUUUUUGGUGGGGGAACAGUUGGCAAAUAGUAUAUUUACUAAAAUAGUAUUAAUUCAGCUAAUAAUAAACAUUGGUGUAGUUUGUUGUGGCACACUGACAUAUCUUGAGAUAAAAAACCAGAAUAGCUUAAACAGGUCUUUGUUUUGAUGUGAAACAAAGCAUCUUUUAUGUUGUACUUUUAUUAAAAAAGAGCUAUUUAGGCAAAAUUUAAAAGCUGCAAGAGUUUUAACUUGCUGGGUAUAGUGACUGUCAAUUCUUCUAACAAUUCAUGUUGACACUAUGUGUUUGCCAAUGUGAGCAAUGGAGGUGCUCUUUGUGCAUGGAUGAUGCGAUUUUUUGUAAGUGCAUCCUAUUUUGUCAGUGCUUUUUCUUCUUCUAGUCAAGACCCCAUAACCUGAUGUAGGGCUAUUUAUUGAAAUGCUUUUAGUUUGUUACAGGGUUUCGUUCUCUUCUUUGAUUUUUUUAAAACUUAAGUAAGAGGGCUUCUUCUUUUGUCUUAACAAGUUAACUUUUUCUACCAUUUGUUUUUAAAUAAACACUCUCAAUCCUCCUUUUCUGUGUACACAGACUUCCCGUAAUACAUGUCAAAUUUAAGCAACAGGGUUUUCCCAAAAAAUGUGAUUUUCUUAUUGGGAACAUGGAAAAUGUACAGUUUUUCUUUUGGUAUUAAUCUUUUGCAGAUGGUGCUAGAAUUUUAGGGAGAAACUGAAGACUCAAAAAUUUGUAUUUGUUACUUUAUGAUAAUCAGAAUCUCAUUUAACAUUGAUGAAAAACAAUUUUCACUUGUUUUAUUUUUUAUUUUCUUAUUGUAGUUUUCUACAAUGAAUAUUUUCAUGUUUUCUUCAGUUUUUCCCCUGUAAUUAGGAUAAGUGAUCUUACCAGAAUUUACUUGCCCAUUUACUUUAUUAAAAACAAUUUGCCUUUUUUUUUUUUUUUGGUUAAGAGUACAUACUGGUUGUCUAGUUGUCUUUCGUUUUCUGCAAAGAUGAUUAGGUUAUGGUUGUGAUGUGCUGAAAUUGCAGAAAGUUCCCAGGAGGUGACUUGUCAAAAACUCUUUACUGUUCACUUGAGUAUGUAAAAUUGAAAACCAUUGCAAAUGAACAAGAAAUUGUGAAGCACAACCUAUUUUGUGCUCACGUGAUUGUGAAAAGUUAAAUAGUAUCAUGUGCUGUUAGUCAAAAGUUUUAAACAAGCUGAUUCUAAAAAGAAUUUCUUAGCUGGUUAGCCAGCAGGGUUGACCCUUGGUGAAAUAUUGUGACAUUUUUUUGUUUUUUGUAAAGAGUAUGAUAGGUGAUUAAAUAUUUUUCUGUCAGGUAGUGAGUGAAAUGACUUGACAAGUUUUGUGACCUGUAACUGGUCUGGUGUGUUGGCAGUUAUUCUGAGCCCAUGUUCCAUGUGAUUGUCUUUUGAUUCACAUCUUUGUCUCCACCCCCUCCAUUGGUCAGUUGCAUGUUUUAGAGAUCAUGGAGCAUACCAUUGCAGAAACACUUUUAACGAAAAUGCUUCACGGGCAAAAGGACCUCAUUUUUUUGUGAAAGUCAGCUUAGGCCUACAUUCCUUCUGAUCAUCUUCAUUUUUCAAAGUCCUAAUUGAUUUUUUUCUUUGUAAUGAUGUUUCAGUGUAUGUCGCAUAUGACUGGUGUUUAUGCUUGUUUUUCAACCUGUCACAAUGAGUAGCAGAUUUAUUACUGUAUAUAUCUCUAUGUAUUAUAUAUACACUUUUUUCCCUAGCAUUCCUUGCAAGAACAACAAAAGGAAGAGAAUGAUAGCAAUGGGAGAUAACUGAUGUUUAGAAUUUAGGCUUUCAGUCAAAUGAGGAUAUAGCAUAAAUAUUUUUGCAACUCUAAGGCAACGUUCUUUAGAUAAUUUUCCCCAGGUAAGAAAGCCAUUUUGUUAAAAAAAAAAUACACUUACAGAUAUGUGGAUGUAGGCAAGAAGGCUAUCAGAAGGGCUUUAAAUUCAUAAUCGAAGACAUUUUCACACCUUUAAAUUUAAACAAGGAGGCUGGUGUUUUGUACAUGUUUUGCUAUAAUAAAGCCUUUGCAGCAUGCAUCUUUUGUAGUCAUGUGAAAAUGCUUUGAUUUCUGCACAUCAUACGUUUUUUACUUUUUUAUUACUUUUUUUACGUCAGUAAUAUAUUUUUGCAUCUCAUGUAUUUUAUUGACACUCAGUCUACCACUAUAAAAGAUCAUCUUAUUUUUAACUUUUCCUCAGAAUUGUUAAAAGCAACAUUGCUUCACAGGUUGCAUCCAGUUUCUUUAACAACUUCAUUUCAAGAGAGCCAUAUCUUUGAGUAAUUAUUGGUAGGACACUUGAAGGACUUACUGCUGUUGACAAUAAAGGGCAGAAUCUGACUUCUGCAGACCUAAUCCAUUUUCUGGCUAGCUAUGUGCAGGAUCAGAUAUUGUAUGAUUUAGAGACUGAAAGCUUGGACUUUUUCUUCUUGCCUAUGUUAGAUUUAAUUAUUUGUUGAUUUAUUCAAUAACUUUAAGGUUACUUUGUUGCAUUCUUGUUUAUUCAUUUGUUUAUUUAUUCAUUCUUAACUGUGAAACAUAGUACAGUAUUCUUGUUCAUGAAAAAUACUUAAUGCAUAAUUAGGUUAAAGGAGUGUUCUGUGAGUUCAGUGCUGCUUGGUACCUUUGCUAAAUUUCAACGUCACAUAAUUAUUUAUGAGUGUUUAAACAAAGUCAUUUUAACAGUUCAUUUCACAAGGUCAUUUUAACAUUGUAUAUUGUGUAUCCAUCUAGCCUUUGUAACAGCAAACUGUCGGAGACAUUAGAAACACUUUUGGAUGAAACACUCAUUGACCUUGAUUUUCUGCUCUGGAAUGAUCUCUUUACAUGAGCCACAUUGAGCACUCUUUGAUGAAAAAUUUGUUAUCAGUUUUCUGGUCUUUUAUUUCUAGAACUUUCUUUUGUUAGACAUUACUACUUUUGGGGAAUACCAGUUGCACACUUUAGGCUUGAGCUUCUGUCAUGGAUUUUUAUAGCGACUUUCAUGAAGAAUGUCCUGUUCAGUAGAGGUUUCAAAAAUAGUUAUUUGAAUCCUCUACUUUUCCUGAUUAAUGUAUUUCCGUUUGAUGCUAGAUUAAGAGCAAGGAGAAGAUGCUGUCAAUGUAUAUAGUUAAGUAAUAUUUACAUGCAGACCAGAACAGCUCAUGGUUAUGUACUGUUUACUAUCAACUGUCAUGGCCAUCGUAUAUUUUUGACACAGUGACUAUUUUGAAUGUGCAGGCACAAAUUGUGUAAUUUUUUUGUGUGCUUAAUUUCGUUGUAUUUUUUUUUCAUAGAUGAUCCAUACCGAUGGUUUUGUAAUUUGAGGUGAGCUGUAUGAACAACAACAACAAAAAUAUAUAAACUGGUUUACACAACAUCAGGGAAAGUUUUUUUUUUUUUUUUUUUAAGGCUGGGUUUUAGUGCGGUAUUGAGUGAACAACGAGCAAAGAUCUUUCAAAACUAGCCACAGGAGUGAGAGGUAUUUGAAAAUCUAGUUUCUGCCUUCAGGUGUCUCAGCGUAUUUUGAAAGGAAAGGAGGUCUGGUUUUACUUCUGGUUACUGUCAAAAUCAGGCUGUGGAUAUACCAGAGCUAAUACUUUUCCAUGUUCAAAAGAGUGCUGGCUGUGAUGACUUGUAUAUGUGGCCAGCCUACUUUGUGCUGGUAGGGUUGUGUGACAGUUCACAACUACUUUGUACAUAUCUGUACAUUGCGGACUGUUUGGUGUUUUACCUCCUUUUGUUUUGAUUAGUUUUCAUUUUUUUCUUAUUCUCAUUUCAGCAUAAUCUAUGUGCAUAGUCUCUCAGUGACUGAUCAAUGUCAUUUUGCUCUGAUGCAGGUCCUGCUUCACCUGCUGCUGACAUCGUGCCAUUCUUGUUUAUUCCCCAAACCUUCUCCCUCUGCUGUGUUCUACCUUUCUUCUAAUUGUAAACCUUUUCUCAGCAAGCUCCUCCUUGUCCUUUUUUUAGAAUUUCUUUCCACAGCAUUUUAGGUUAUGGACUUUUGAGAAAGGCUUGAGUAAACUGGUAGUGGAACUCAUUUGACAAAACCCAAUUGUUGUGAAUGAACUGGUACAACAUUUUCGCAAAGCGGCCAGUGGUUACAGUUAAAUGGUUUCUUUAGUGAAGAUCUGGAUGGCAUGGCAGUCUACAAAUAACUGAGCUGUUAUAACUUUCUCAGCUUGCCUGAAUAAUGGAGCCGUAAUGCUUACCAUGGCUCAUUUCCUAUGAAAUUGUUAUGACUUCAUUUUUACAGGCCGUUCUGGGGAUUCUUAAUUUUGUCGUACCCUAGCUUAAUAACUAGAGUUUUAGGAGACAAAUCACUAAAGUUGACCUAAUGUAGCUUAAGAAGAAUCACUAACACUGAUAGUAAUAUGGCUAGGAAGUACAGCAAACAAUCUUCUUGCCAUAUAUAUAAUGGAGACAGAUCUUUUUUGAGGAUAAAAUUGUUGGCAUUUCAAGAGGGGGAUUUGCUGUAUGCUUUCUUAUUUGAAUGUACAUAUAUAGAAUUAUUUUUGGAGGUGCACAUGAUAAUUAUUUCAGUUUACUGAUUCAUACUUUCUAGGUUGAUAAGAGUUGUUUUUCCUUUUCUUCAAGAUGAGUGCCACUGAAGUAUUUUCUUGUUUGAUACUCUGCUAGUACCAAGCAGAUUGGUUAUGAGUGCCAAGAACUGAAAGAUGUUAGGGUGUGUGCUGAUCUAUCACAGUGUCUUGAGGCAUUUUCAGUGCAGACCUGGGUUGUAUGGCCAUUCAAAUCUCUUUCCCCCCAAAACAUAAAAGUGCAUAAAUUUCAGAGAGUGAGUGAACCAUGUGUGUACUUUUAUGCAUGGAAAAUGUAUGUGUAUGCAAACUCUGAUGCACAAAACCUGUGAGUGGAGCAGAAAGGAAAAAGAAGAUAUUACAGAAUGUUUUGCUAACUGCAUAGCAGAAUGUUAGCAAAAUGUGCACUGAAGCACACAACAUUAUGGGAGAGUGCAUUUUACAGUAUUCUAAGCCCUUUUAAAUGACAGGGGACCACUAUAUACCUAACAGAAGGACACCUUAGGGUGUACAUAACUACACAGGCAUGCUGCCCUUACUAUGGCUUUGUGCUGCAAGAACAAUGUGCUGUGUAGUGAUGCCCAGUGUGUAUGCACACUGCCAGGCUGGCUAGAUUAUUUGGUUUUGAUGUUGAAUGUUGUUUAUGUAUGAUUGUUGUAUUUUAUUUGUUAAUUCGUUGAAUAUAUAUUAGUUUUUUUAAUAAUCGUUUAAGCCAGUUCUUUUCUAAUAGAGAUUUUAAAAAUUGUUAAUUUCCUUGUGCGAGCGUAAUUAUAUUUUUGGAGAAAAAUAGAUAAAUUAGUUUUAAGGUACAUGGAUAAGUACAUUAAUAUGCUUUGAUGAGUAAAAUGACUUUUUCUGACAAAUUUAUUAUUGGAUGUCAGUUUUGGGGCUUUUGCAGCAUAAUAUGUACCAAGAUGUAGAUUCACAACUGCUUGUGCAUAUUCAAAGCUGAUUCAAUUUGAGCAGGUCAUGUUGUCCUGACCAUUGUAUGCAUUAUGCAUGCCAUUAGCAGUGACCAGUUUGUGUUAAAGACUAUAUGACAAAGGUAACGAAAUAUAGUAGAGUUUAUAGAUCAUCAUGUAAGAUUUUUGUAAGUUGUACAAUGCACAUGGCAUAUGUGCAUAACCUCUGAAGUACAAUUAAUAACAUGCUCAUUGCUGCAGGAUGUUUGUGUCCAAAGCAUAGUAUAUCAGACUUGCUGGAGAGGUUCUGUGGUAAGGUAUUCUCGAUUGUAAAACAGCAAGUCACUGAUUUGAGGCCUGCUUGGGCCUGCUGCCAGAAAACUAUCCUGGUCCACCCAGCAGCUGUCUAGCAGAAAUGGCACCUGCUUUAUCACAGCUAUAACUUCGAUCGUGUUAAAAGCUGCUUACUGGCUAAUUCUGAGGCUCAGGGUUAGCAUUGAAACAGUGGCCUUAAAGCAUAUUGCUGGCAGGUAAACAGAUGCUGCUGAUUAUUAGGCCUCCAGGCUUAAACUUUCUCGUAAAUAUGCUGUCCUUUGGAAUUGGGUCAUAAUAUCGACCAUGCGUCCUAAUUGUAGUGUCUUUUUAUUGUAAUUCAUAAGAGUUGAAAAUUGGUCAUAUGCUGGUGUCUGCAAGUAACAGACUAAUUUCUAAAGUCCUGAACUGCCAGCAACAGCAGUAUGUAUGGAAUGAAAUUUUUUUAAAACAGAAAGAUUGAUUGUUCUGGUUCACUUGAGUGCAUGCAGUUUGCGGGUUGGCAUGGUAAAAGCAUUCAUAUCAUUAGACUUUUUUUUAAGCCAGCUUCAUGUAGUUGCUAUUGUCACUGUCUUCACUUUCUCGGAAUUUAUUACGUUUGUCAAUAACCAUGAAUGUACAUGUGUCUGGCAGUUUCCAGAGAAUGUCAGCUUUCCAAAACCUUAUCUCAGCUUAAAUGACAUUUUCUCAAGGCAGUUACAGAAACUGAGGAUUCAAGGGUGAAUUAGAAAGAUGACUUCCCUGUUAGCUUUUUGUCAGCAUUAUUUUGUACAGAGCUGGAAAUGGCUUGCCAAUCUGAGACAUUUGAAUGACUGGGAUUUGAGCUUGUUAUGUAUGCUGGUGUUGAUCACCACAUUAUAGGUCUUUUCAAAAGACUAAUUUUACUGUAAAUUCCAGUUAAUUUUUUGGGUGGCGCUUUUGAUGACUUAUUCAGAAAAAUGUAGAUUUUUUUCAUUGGUAGGAGACUGGAUGAUCAGAUACAGAGAAACAUUUGACUGUUUGAGCACAGUGUCUUUCAUUUGUGAAAA